AUGCAUCCAGUUGAAGAAUUCACUGAGCUGAGUCAAAUCCUACGUACGUCAGGCGGUCGACGAUGGAAGGGUCUCAGGUUCGCGAAAUGCGAUCUGCUUCCGGGAUAUGGAGGCCCAAACAUGGUGCCUGACGAAGAAGUUCCUCCCGGUUGGUUUAUUCAUGUCAACCGGGGCGUCUGCGAGAAGGAGCUUUUUUGUCGCCCUGAAACCUCUGUACCAUCACUGCUACUUUUUCGUGAAGGUGGCCACGAUCGCCCAGCCCUUUACUUGGUCGAGGGUUCCACUUCUUGUUGGUUCUAUCUUUGGGAUGCUGUCUCCAAGAUCGAACGACCAAACGUACUGCAGCAUAUUUUGGACACAUUGAAGGAGCGCGUCGAACAACUCACACUGUGUGGGAUGCACUACUAUAUCUACGACCAAGCGUCUUUUGACAUACUCCGCAUCAAUGAGCCAAGGAUGCUGCAGGACAUCCUUCGAGUUCCGAACUUCACUUCUAUGAACGCCCUACAGGGGCUUAAUCUGGAGAACUUGGAGCUCCUCCCAGACUACGGAGGCUCGAACAGAGUCCCUGAUAACGAUGUACCCCAAGGGUGGACCAACCGAGUCAACCCCAAAAUUGUCGACUACAAAUGGUGCCGUGGGUACGGAAUCAGCAUUUGCCCAACCACACUCCUCUAUUCGGAAAGCUACCUCGACGGAACACCCGCAUGUCUAUUCGAGUCCCAACCCAGCUUACGCUCCACUAAUUAUCUUUGCAAGCCUCCCUCCGACGCAAUCUAUCGUAUCGAUGGGACAGAAGGCUUGCCUGACGUUCUCGCGGUCUUAAAAGAUGCGUCAGUAGAGCUGAAGCUUACGCUUCUCGAGUGGUUACCGGGCAGAGAGUCAUACAGAAUCGCGGAUGAUGAGAUACCUCGCGGCUGGAUGCGGGCGUCGAAUCCUGAUGCUUGCAAUGCAAUGCCGUGGAAAAAGCACAGGCUAGCGCCUCCAACACCUAUCCUUUAA